AUGAAUGGACGUCGACUGAAUCAUCAUCUAACCCACGAUAUUGCCUAUCAAAUCGAUAACCGGGAAGGUAGGACGAUGGGUGUGGUGACAAAGAUGAAUCAUCGUAAAGAGAGAGAGCAAGACAAUGGAAUGAACGAGGAGACCAGGCGGCGACCACCCACGACGGCUCAUAAACUUACCUGGCUGGGAGGUUCUCGCGAUCAACAAGGCGGGACCUCCAUGGAGAGGCCUGCGCAUUGCACUUUAGCCCAGGCUGACCUGUGUGGCAGCUCCGAAUUGGGGUUCGCCAACAGCUAA